AUGAGAGGUUUAGUNAUUAGGUUUUGCAUUAGACAAUUUACAAAAAUACUAAGAAGCUAUUGAGUGUUACGAUAAAGCUAUUUCUAUUAAUCCAAAAUAUGAAUAUGCUUGGAAUAACAAAGGUAAUUAGUUUAUCAGCAUUAUUAAUUAGGUUUUGCAUUAGACAAUUUACAAAAAUACUAAGAAGCUAUUGAGUGUUACGAUAAAGCUAUUUCUAUUAAUCCAAAAUAUGAAUAUGCUUGGAAUAACAAAGGUAAUUAGUUUAUCAGCAUUAUUAAUUAGGUUUUGCAUUAGACAAUUUACAAAAAUACUAAGAAGCUAUUGAGUGUUACGAUAAAGCUAUUUCUAUUAAUCCAAAAUAUGAAUAUGCUUGGAAUAACAAAGGUAAUUAGUUUAUCAGCAUUAUUAAUUAGGUUUUGCAUUAGACAAUUUACAAAAAUACUAAGAAGCUAUUGAGUGUUACGAUAAAGCUAUUUCUAUUAAUCCAAAAUAUGAAUAUGCUUGGAAUAACAAAGGUAAUUAGUUUAUCAGCAUUAUUAAUUAGGUUUUGCAUUAGACAAUUUACAAAAAUACUAAGAAGCUAUUGAGUGUUACGAUAAAGCUAUUUCUAUUAAUCCAAAAUAUGAAUAUGCUUGGAAUAACAAAGGUAAUUAGUUUAUCAGCAUUAUUAAUUAGGUUUUGCAUUAGACAAUUUACAAAAAUACUAAGAAGCUAUUGAGUGUUACGAUAAAGCUAUUUCUAUUAAUCCAAAAUAUGAAUAUGCUUGGAAUAACAAAGGUAAUUAGUUUAUCAGCAUUAUUAAUUAGGUUUUGCAUUAGACAAUUUACAAAAAUACUAAGAAGCUAUUGAGUGUUACGAUAAAGCUAUUUCUAUUAAUCCAAAAUAUGAAUAUGCUUGGAAUAACAAAGGUAAUUAGUUUAUCAGCAUUAUUAAUUAGGUUUUGCAUUAGACAAUUUACAAAAAUACUAAGAAGCUAUUGAGUGUUACGAUAAAGCUAUUUCUAUUAAUCCAAAAUAUGAAUAUGCUUGGAAUAACAAAGGUAAUUAGUUUAUCAGCAUUAUUAAUUAGGUUUUGCAUUAGACAAUUUACAAAAAUACUAAGAAGCUAUUGAGUGUUACGAUAAAGCUAUUUCUAUUAAUCCAAAAUAUGAAUAUGCUUGGAAUAACAAAGGUAAUUAGUUUAUCAGCAUUAUUAAUUAGGUUUUGCAUUAGACAAUUUACAAAAAUACUAAGAAGCUAUUGAGUGUUACGAUAAAGCUAUUUCUAUUAAUCCAAAAUAUGAAUAUGCUUGGAAUAACAAAGGUAAUUAGUUUAUCAGCAUUAUUAAUUAGGUUUUGCAUUAGACAAUUUACAAAAAUACUAAGAAGCUAUUGAGUGUUACGAUAAAGCUAUUUCUAUUAAUCCAAAAUAUGAAUAUGCUUGGAAUAACAAAGGUAAUUAGUUUAUCAGCAUUAUUAAUUAGGUUUUGCAUUAGACAAUUUACAAAAAUACUAAGAAGCUAUUGAGUGUUACGAUAAAGCUAUUUCUAUUAAUCCAAAAUAUGAAUAUGCUUGGAAUAACAAAGGUAAUUAGUUUAUCAGCAUUAUUAAUUAGGUUUUGCAUUAGACAAUUUACAAAAAUACUAAGAAGCUAUUGAGUGUUACGAUAAAGCUAUUUCUAUUAAUCCAAAAUAUGAAUAUGCUUGGAAUAACAAAGGUAAUUAGUUUAUCAGCAUUAUUAAUUAGGUUUUGCAUUAGACAAUUUACAAAAAUACUAAGAAGCUAUUGAGUGUUACGAUAAAGCUAUUUCUAUUAAUCCAAAAUAUGAAUAUGCUUGGAAUAACAAAGGUAAUUAGUUUAUCAGCAUUAUUAAUUAGGUUUUGCAUUAGACAAUUUACAAAAAUACUAAGAAGCUAUUGAGUGUUACGAUAAAGCUAUUUCUAUUAAUCCAAAAUAUGAAUAUGCUUGGAAUAACAAAGGUAAUUAGUUUAUCAGCAUUAUUAAUUAGGUUUUGCAUUAGACAAUUUACAAAAAUACUAAGAAGCUAUUGAGUGUUACGAUAAAGCUAUUUCUAUUAAUCCAAAAUAUGAAUAUGCUUGGAAUAACAAAGGUAAUUAGUUUAUCAGCAUUAUUAAUUAGGUUUUGCAUUAGACAAUUUACAAAAAUACUAAGAAGCUAUUGAGUGUUACGAUAAAGCUAUUUCUAUUAAUCCAAAAUAUGAAUAUGCUUGGAAUAACAAAGGUAAUUAGUUUAUCAGCAUUAUUAAUUAGGUUUUGCAUUAGACAAUUUACAAAAAUACUAAGAAGCUAUUGAGUGUUACGAUAAAGCUAUUUCUAUUAAUCCAAAAUAUGAAUAUGCUUGGAAUAACAAAGGUAAUUAGUUUAUCAGCAUUAUUAAUUAGGUUUUGCAUUAGACAAUUUACAAAAAUACUAAGAAGCUAUUGAGUGUUACGAUAAAGCUAUUUCUAUUAAUCCAAAAUAUGAAUAUGCUUGGAAUAACAAAGGUAAUUAGUUUAUCAGCAUUAUUAAUUAGGUUUUGCAUUAGACAAUUUACAAAAAUACUAAGAAGCUAUUGAGUGUUACGAUAAAGCUAUUUCUAUUAAUCCAAAAUAUGAAUAUGCUUGGAAUAACAAAGGUAAUUAGUUUAUCAGCAUUAUUAAUUAGGUUUUGCAUUAGACAAUUUACAAAAAUACUAAGAAGCUAUUGAGUGUUACGAUAAAGCUAUUUCUAUUAAUCCAAAAUAUGAAUAUGCUUGGAAUAACAAAGGUAAUUAGUUUAUCAGCAUUAUUAAUUAGGUUUUGCAUUAGACAAUUUACAAAAAUACUAAGAAGCUAUUGAGUGUUACGAUAAAGCUAUUUCUAUUAAUCCAAAAUAUGAAUAUGCUUGGAAUAACAAAGGUAAUUAGUUUAUCAGCAUUAUUAAUUAGGUUUUGCAUUAGACAAUUUACAAAAAUACUAAGAAGCUAUUGAGUGUUACGAUAAAGCUAUUUCUAUUAAUCCAAAAUAUGAAUAUGCUUGGAAUAACAAAGGUAAUUAGUUUAUCAGCAUUAUUAAUUAGGUUUUGCAUUAGACAAUUUACAAAAAUACUAAGAAGCUAUUGAGUGUUACGAUAAAGCUAUUUCUAUUAAUCCAAAAUAUGAAUAUGCUUGGAAUAACAAAGGUAAUUAGUUUAUCAGCAUUAUUAAUUAGGUUUUGCAUUAGACAAUUUACAAAAAUACUAAGAAGCUAUUGAGUGUUACGAUAAAGCUAUUUCUAUUAAUCCAAAAUAUGAAUAUGCUUGGAAUAACAAAGGUAAUUAGUUUAUCAGCAUUAUUAAUUAGGUUUUGCAUUAGACAAUUUACAAAAAUACUAAGAAGCUAUUGAGUGUUACGAUAAAGCUAUUUCUAUUAAUCCAAAAUAUGAAUAUGCUUGGAAUAACAAAGGUAAUUAGUUUAUCAGCAUUAUUAAUUAGGUUUUGCAUUAAAUAAUUUACAAAAAUACUAAGAAGCAAUUAAGUGCUUAGAUGAAGCUAUUUCUAUUAAUCCAAAAUUUGAAAAUGCUUGGAAUAACAAAGGUAAUUAGUUUAUAAGCAUUAUUAAUUAGGCUCUGCAUUAGACAAUUUACAAAAAUACUAAGAAGCUAUUGAGUGUUACGAUAAAGCUAUUUCUAUUAAUCCAAAAUAUGAAUAUGCUUGGAAUAACAAAGGUAAUUAGUUUAUCAGCAUUAUUAAUUAGGUUUUGCAUUAAAUAAUUUACAAAAAUACUAAGAAGCUAUUGAGUGUUACGAUAAAGCUAUUUCUAUUAAUCCAAAAUAUGAAUAUGCUUAGAAUAACAAAGGUAAUUAGUUUAUAAGCAUUAUUAAUUAGGUUUUGCAUUAAAAAAUUUACAAAAAUACUAAGAAGCUAUUGAGUGUUAUGAUAAAGCUAUUUCUAUUAAUCCAAAAUUUGAAUAUGCUUGGAUUAAUAAAGGUAAAUUAAAUAAUAAUUUAGGCAUCACAUUACAUAAAAUAAAGACAUUUAAAGAUGCUAUAUUUUGUUAUAACUAAGCUCUAUCAUAAUGCAUGAAUCCAUUAACAUUAAAGCUCAAAGGAAUAUUAACUAAAAUUAAAAAAAUUUAGCUGAUUCAUUAUUUGAAUCAGGUAACAAAAAUGAAGCUAAAUAAUGUUAUUUAUCUGCAUUGGAAGAAGGAUCAAAAGAAAAAGAUUAUAUAUAGAAAUAGCUUAAAAAGUUAUGAAUCAAUUAUUAUAUCAUAAAAUCCCAUUAUUUAAUCAAAUAAUUUAAUUUAUUAGAAUUCUCCUUAUUUAUUUUUACUUUUCUCAAAUUAUAACUUUAACAAAAUGAAAUCAAAUUAAUUACAAUUCAAAAUAAUCUUAAUACUAAAUUUAAUAUAAAUUUAGAUAUAAUUUUUUCUCUAAUAAUGUUGUAAAUAAAAGAAAUGA